UCAUGCUUCUCUGUUAUAAAUACGAUGGAUGAUGGCGUGUCAUAAGAUGCAAAUGCUUUGAUGGGAGGAUAGCAAGUUUCUAUUUUUUGGGGCUAAGUUAAUUGUAAAUCUAUCGAUCGGUUUGGAGCCUGUCUGUAUUUGAUGAUCAUUUGCACUUAGCGAUAAACAAGAUCUACAACGAAAACAAAUAAACCAUGAUUAAUCAGGACUUUAACAUCAUGUUCAACAUACAGGGAGCUUUGGGAUUUCAGCCACCAGCCUCCCCAAAAGCAAGUUCCAACCCAGAAAAAGAGGGCAUUGUUGCUACGCAAGUUCACAUGGCAGCUGCAACUGGCUAUGACGGCCCAAAUGAUGAGCAGUUGCAUGCGUAUGCGGACCUACCAUUCUAUGGGAGCAAUCUGGCGGAGAGACUCCCGCCCUGUGGCAUGGUCUGUAUUGCUGGCGCAUAUUCAUCUCAGUCUGCUGUGGUCGCAAGGAGCCACCAUGACGACCCCGUCACCCCACAACGUUGCGAUUGGCAGGGCAAUCUUGUGCUAACUGGUGCUGGAAGAGCCAUCUCAGCAGAUGGACCUGUCGGGUUCCGCAUCCAUCUUGAUGACAACAGUCAAGAUAGCUCUAUUGAAGAAACCUGGAAGAAGAGUGUGCUUUUAUACCGGGAGGACCCCACAUUCGACAGGCCGUUAUUAGAUAUUGCCAAUACUCCUUAUGGUCCCGUGGAGGUGACCUAUGCCAUCCUGAGCCAGGGAGUUGAAUGCAAAGUUGCUGUGAGGCUUACUCAUCGCGGUAAAGAUCCUAUCAGCCUUUUUGGAAGAAUUGUUGCUCGCAGCGAGCUGUUUGAUAUUGGCUGCGUGCUUUUCUACAACGAAGAUGUGAAGGGCAUAUGUGCACGAUCAGGAGAGCUGAUUCCCUUAGCUAGACAUCUGCUUGCGGUGCCAUUGUACAAGGCACUGGUAAUUGAAUUAGAUCUGCACUCUGAUUGUGGUGAUGAGAUUAUGAGGGGAACACUAGAGUUUCAUGCCUUGCCCGAAUGUGAUCAAACAGCGCGUCUUAUCAGCAAGAGUGGUACUCAAAUCGAAGUGAAGAUCUUCAUUUCACAGUACUUUAGGUAGUGUGUUCGUUGCUCAGCCGGGUCACUUUAACAAAAUAUGAUCAAGACUCUGGAUGCCUGUCUGCCCAGUCCCUUGUGUUGUACUACUACACAAGCUUCUUCGACUCUCGUAUUACUUCCA